AACGCCAAAUUGUUCUCAGUAAACAGAGCUGCUAUUGCUUUCCUCUCCCCAAAGCUUGUACACCUACCAGCUUCCAAACAGGCGAUAAAGCCGCGCGCCGAGCUCAACAGCGCAGUCUCCGAUGAUCUUGUCGAGGAAAUAAAAUUCUCUGGUCGCCGCGGUCACUUCGAAGUCUUCGACGCCCGCAUGGCCCUUUUUGAUGCGGCGCGUAGAUACGAUAUUCGUACGCUAUUCGUUAUGGAGUUUCUGCGAAAAAUGCUUUGCCGGUUGAGGCUUUACGCUUCAUUCCUCUCGGCGAGGGCAACAUGUUCGAUAUAUUCGAUGUUUAAUAUUUUCAUUCAAUACGUCGCUCGCCGUGCUGUCUGUAACGAGCUUUGGGACCUCAUCCUGGAUUAUUUGUUGCCACUUUUCACACUGCGAGGCUGUGUCUGA